AUGUAUUCUGCUUGCUCAAUCAUCACAGACUACACAACCACACAGCGAUUGAGUGGCUGGAUAUAUGUGGGCUCAAUUGCCCCAGGUAGCAACCAUUUCCCCUCCACUGGCAUGCGUAAGCCCUCACACAAGGCUGCACCAUUCUCCUUCCCUCAGAUGAUGGACAACUCAAUAACCAUUGUAUAUGAUAACUCUCAUGAUGAUGCCAACUACUGGGACAACAGCAAUGACGACAAUGGAAAUAAGCAACAAGAGUGGGAGAAUCAGCAAGAGUUAGAGAAGGAAGAAGGUGUAUGCAAGAUGGCUGUGGAUACGAUACACCAGCAGGUCAAAGGCGACGAAAGCGAAUGGAACGCUUAG